CGUACUUAUUAAGAACUCAAAAAUUGACAGGUGUUUUAAAGAAAGAUAAAACUUCAUUAAAUAAAAGAUGAAUGACACAAAUACUACCACCACAGUGAGUACCGGCUUUACUGGAUAUAUAAUUGCACCAUUGGCGUUGAUUACCGUCACCGUCAAUGUUUUCUUUUUUGUUUUUGGAAUUAAGACUUUAGAAAAAAGAGCUCAUACAAUGUUAGUAAUAUCAAUGUGCGGAGGGGAUUGUGUGUAUGGCAUCGCAUUAUUCUUGCUUGCAUUUAUCAACAAGGUAGGCGGUGCUUUCAGUGGAUUGUGUAUGUCACAAAUCACACUUAUAUUUGUUUCAGUGAACAUGGCACUAACAGUUGCUUUGAUGAUUUGUAUUGAACGGUUUUUGACGAUAAAACUUUACAAUUAUGGUAUCCUUUCACGUUCAGAUGGAUGGAAAAAGAAGAUGACCGCCAUUUUAUUAUGCUUGACAAAUGGAUAUGUCAUUGUCUGUAUAAUUGCAGUACCACGACGUCAAAUUGAAAUUACCGUUUGUUAUAUGCGUGUUUUUUACGAUCCAUACAAUUACCAGAUUAUUGCAGCUUUACUAUCGGGUCUGUUUGUUUGUCUCUCUCUUGCAAUUAUUGUCAUAUAUUCGUUAAUAUUACUUGUUAUUUCCAACAUGAUGAAGAAAGUCAACCCUUUAUCGAAAGCACCAUCCAAUAUCAAAAAGGAAGGCUCAACUGCUGAAGUAAGUAGUAGCAUUGGAACAGAGCUCUGUUCUGAUCAAACAUAUGACCGUAUUUGCCAUGUUAAAUCCCCUCAAGAUAAAAGUUCCCUCAACGGUAAAAAGAUGGAUGCAAGGGUAGAAAAUACCACGGAUAUUGAAUUGGAUCCAAGGAUAUUAUCAGCUACAAGAGUAAAAAUUGAAAUGAUAGAUUGCACAGAUGGCUCAUCAAAAAGAAGAAAAACCUCAGACACUCGAAACUUUUGCGCAGAAGGCAAUGACAAGGUCAAUGAUAGGAACGUAGAAAUAGGCGAAAGAAAAGUUAAGAAAGAAAACGCAUUAAAAAUUGCUUGGAGAAAAUGGGAAUUUCGAGCUUUAGCUACAUCAGGAUACGUCAUUGGUUCAACUUUAUUGCUUCAUGGUCCUAUGAUCAUAUGCCUUCUUGCGGACGGAAUUGGUCAUUCUUUUCCUUUUGCUAUAGGAAACAUUUCUGCACUGCUUGUUGCCCUUCAGUGUAUUAUAAAUCCUUUCAUUUAUGUAUUUCGAUUCAAAGAGCUUCGAAAAGCUAUGAAGAAACUCUUCUGUUGCAAAAAAGAUACAACAGUGGUGAACCAGUAGCAACGACAUAAAACGCAGGGACAACCUUUUCAAAAUAAUUUUCAUCAUACUCACUAAAUAGAUUUGUAAAUUGAGCAUGCACAUUCAAAUUUUAUAAAACCUCGAAUUUUUUUGGAUAUCAUGUUUAUAACAGAGUAUUGAAAAAUACGUUGUAGGGUUUAAAAAAAUCUAAAUGAAUUACAUACUCAUAAUGCCAAUGUUUGUAUGUUUUGUCUUACAGAAUUUCACCAUGCAAAAAGUUAUUAAAAUCACAAAAGUACUGAACUCAAAGGAAAAUUCAAAACGGAUAGUCCGUGCUCAAAUGGCAAAAAAAAUAUGAUAAAAUACAUCAAACUAAUGGACAGCAACUGUCAUAUUCCUGACUUGCUACCCGGACAACUUUGUUAUAAAAAAUGCCAUAAUAUUUGUUUCAGAUGCAACAUAUAUUCUAUACGCUUUAUCCUGUUCGGAAGAAAUACUAUGAUAUAUGUUUAAGUGGGAAAAACCCAUUCCAGAAUUUUUGCCGUGUGGAAAUAA